GGUGGCUGGGCAGCCCACGUAUCUCGGCUGGGCUCAGCCAGAAAAGACUACAUGGGAAAACCAUGUGGGCCCACCACCCGCAAGGUUUGGGGUACGGGUCGGGUGCAAUGCCUGUCAGGCAGGGGGCAAGAACAGGGUAGAUCCGUGCGUCAUCUGCCCAGACAAUGGAAACUGAUUCUUGGCACGUGGAACGUUACCUCUCUGGUGGGGAAGGAGCCGGAGCUGGUGUGUGAGGCUGAGAAGUACCAACUAGUUAUAGAUGGACUCCGCUCUACACAGUGUUGGCUCUGGAACCAAACUCCUGGAUAGGGGGUGGUCUCUCUCCUACUCAGGAGGGUGAGAGGCGCCGGGCAGGAGUGGGGAUACUCGCAAGUCCCCGUCUGGUAGCCUAAACGUGUAGUGUAGAGUCUGCUGGGAAUGCCUGGCAGGAGACUCAGUCCGGAAUUAUUUCAACUCUCACCUCUGAGAGCUUUUCCUGUAUCCCAGAGGAGGUUGAGGACAUGGAGUCUGAAUGGACCUUGUGCAAAACCUCUGUUGUGGAAGCUGCUGCUAGAGGUUGUGGUCAAAAGAUGGUCGGUGCAUGUCCUGGCGGCAACCCAAGGACCCGCUGGGGAGAGGGAUGUGCUGCUCUGCUUGGCCCUUUGCCACCGUGGUCCUGACCUGGAUUAAGCAGUUUAGAGAAUGGAUGGAUGGCGUUCGACAUGGAGGUUCUGUGUUUCCGGUUACCUGGCCACGGUGACGCCACCCUCCGGAAUAUGAACUGCCUGCGGUCGCGCCACCACUUCUGUGACGUCACCAUCGUCGCCAGCGACCGGCAAACUUUCCGGGGCCACAAAGUGGUGCUGGCCGCUUGCUCGCCUUUCCUGCGGGACCAGUUUCUACUCAACCCCUCCUCCGAACUAAAGGUGUCGGUGUUGCACAGCUCCAGUGUGGUGUGCGAGCUCCUCCAGUCUUGCUACACCGGCAUACUGCAGUUCAGCCCCAAGGAGAUCAUCAACUACCUGACGGCUGCAAGCUACCUGCAGAUGGAGCACGUGGUGGAGAAAUGCAGGGGAGCUUUGAGCCAGUACCUGCAGCCCAGAACCUCCAGCCCCCCAGGGACCAUAAAAUCAGAGGAGAGCGAGUCUAUGCUAGCUUUCGACAGUGGAGACCAACAUCCUCUUCGAUGCAGAUCGCCCCCUGCUGGAAAGGGGGUCUCACUGCAGCGGCGCAGAAAUUCCCAGGCCAGUACGGACACAGGCAAAGAAGCCAGCGCCUCACAGGGCAUUUCGGAGCUGGAGGUGAAAAGAACGGGACCUUCCGGAGAGUUCCACGAAGAGGAGGGGGAGCGGGAGGACUUCGAGGUCUUCCAGGUGUGCAUCGAGGACGAGGACGAAGGCAUUGAGGAGAGGAGGGAGGCGGGACAGGGGGAGGAGGAAGAGGAGGAGGGCAGAGGGGAGGUGGUGGUGGUGGCUCUGGACGGUAACAACGGCAACGACGACGAGGCCCACUUCGGGGGUCCCGCGGCGGGAAGGGAGGGGUACAGAAUGUUCCGGCGGAGACCCUGGGAGAUGGGGCGGGGCAGGGGGCGGGGCCUCCUGGCCAGACGGCGCGGCAAUCGAGACCGGAGGCUGGCGGGCGCCCCCCCGCCGCAGGAGUGGCGCAUCCCGACGCCGGACGAGAUAAUGGGGAGCUUCGGACUGGUCCACCCGGACUUCGGCCAGGAGGGGGAGGGCCUGGCGGCGGCCGGGGGGUACGAGCCCUCCGUCCGCGGCCCCCACCACCAGGCGGAGGCCGACGGGCCCCUGCGCGUGAGCUACGGGAUGGGCGAGGCCCAGAGCUUCGGGCUGGGGGAGGGCCCGGGGGCAGGGCCGGGGGAGCGGGAGGAGUCUGAGUCGGUGGCGGUGGUGGGGUCCACGUCCUGCGGGGUGGGGGUGGGCGGCGGCGGGGGGGCGGUGACCUGCGAGCACUGCGGCCUGGCCUUCCCCACGGCCGAGUCGCUGGCGCUGCACGCCAGCUCCGCCCAUCAGGCGGCGCUGUUCUCCUGCCCGCGGUGCGGCAAGCACUUCAGCCACGCCUACCACCUGAGCCGCCACAUGAGCACGCACCGGGGCGGGCGCUGCCACCGCUGCCCGCUCUGCCACAAGACCUUCACCCAGAAGUCCACGCUGUGCGACCACAUGAACCUGCACAGCGGCGAGCGCCCACACCGCUGCGCCUACUGCCACGUGCGCUUCGCCCACAAGCCCGCGCUCCGCCGGCACCUGAAGGAGCAGCACGCCAAGACCACCGCCCAGAACUGCCUGGAGGCCCAGCGGGAGCGGGAGGGGGAGGGGCAGGGUGGGGGGGGGCGGGGCGGGACCAGGACCAGGCGUCUGAGGGAGCAGCACGCCAAGACCACCGCCCAGAACUGCCUGGAGGCCCAGCGGGAGCGGGAGGGGGAGGGGCAGGGUGGGGGGGAGGGGGCGGGACCGGGCGUCUGAGGGAGCAGCACGCCAAGACCACCGCCCAGAACUGCCUGGAGACCCAGCGGGAGAGAGAGGGGGUGAGAGGGGGGGAGGGAGCUGGCAUCUGAGGGGCGGGCGGGAGGUUGGGGGCGGGCAGGGGUGUGUAAUGUCUAAGUUCAGAGGGAGCCAUUUUGCUUGGAACUGGGACUCUUCCCUCCCUCCCUCCCUUCGUCUCCUUGACGACCCUGACCACUGGUGAGAAAUUCUCUUUCGGAGCACCGAUUUCAGUACUGCCACAAAGGACCUAGAGACCCGGGGGGGUGGGGGGGGUUGUGGUUUUAUUUGGGGGGGGGGGGUGAAGCAGACAGGUUAAGGUGGGUGGGGGUGUAGUAGGGGCCCCCCCAAAUCUUGAUACGCAGGGUCUACUGUUUCUCAGCACUGGAUUAAUGAUUUCAUUUUUUAAUUUUUAAAAACAUUUUUAACCAUUUUUAACACAGUCAAUUACGUAGUUGUUUCACCUCUCUCUGGUCUAAGUGGGUGGCUAAUUUUAAGACGAAAAACAACAAAGAAAUGUCAGCAGACCCCCUGUGGUUUUUAGGGCCAGACCCCUGUAGUAGACGGAGGGUAAGGGCAAUCUAAGUACAGUAGGGAACACGCGCUCUCUCUUUCUCUUUUCCAUAUCAGCUGUUACUCUCUGGGCAACCAAUAAAGUGACGGCAAGAAUCUGA